UUCUGUUCUAGAAAGCUGCAUCUGCUUAUCCAAAGAAUUUGCUUUUGUUUUCCCUCUUUGAGAAACAAAUAUGGAUCUUUCUCUGCAGCUAAUUAUUGUACUGAUUAUACCAAUUUGAUUCAUCUUCUUUUGCUUUCAAAAUUUAUUUUGACCUGUUAUUUUUGUUGUUUUCUUGUGGCAAGAACCUUUUUUCCCUUAUGUUCUAUGAUUGACCUGACUGGUUUUGGGGGUAUUUCAGAUUUCAUGUUAUUCCCCACUAAACUCUUUAACUUGGGGCUUUUUUUUUUUUUUUUGAAAAGGUUCCUUUCUAAGUGAAAAGAGAUAUAUUCUUCUUCUUCUUCCUUUAAAUGUCAUAAAACAAUCUGUAUUCUCUCUCUCUCUUUCUGCUUAGUACAUUGUUCUUGACCCUCUAUAUGUUUGUUGAGAAACUGGAUGAAAAACACCCUCCCAAAGUUUAUCUAGUGGAUUAGACUGGCUAAAAAUUCUGGUUUUGGAUGCUAUCGUCCAAAGAAAAUGAAUGUUUUAGGAAAAGGGUUGGGUUUAGUUUAUUAAAGUGAAGCUGAAAUGGAAGGUGAUUUAUUUUCUGGCUUAGGCAAUGGAACCCAAGUGGAUACCAAGGUUUUGCAAUCAGUUCAAAAGAGUUUUAUGCAAGUUCAGGACAUUCUAGAUCAGAACAGGUUGCUAAUCAAUGAAAUAAACCAAAAUCAUGAAUCAAAGAUUCCUGAUAACUUGACUCGAAAUGUGGGGUUGAUUAGAGAGCUUAACAAUAACAUUAGAAGGGUAGUUGAUCUGUAUGCUGAUCUUUCCAGCAAUUUCACAAGGUCAAUGGAAGCUUCAUCAGAAGGGGAAUCAAGUGGGAUUUUCAAGUCCAAUGGAAAGGGGAAUCAGAAGAGAAUUCGAUCCGGGUAAUUGAUCAAACCAAGCUUUCAUACAUAUUAUGUAUUUUCUUCAUGGUAGAAUAAGAAGAGUGUUAGAUAUUGAAGGAAAAGAACUUGAUGAGCUUUUUGGUUGAUGAGUGAUGUGUUUCGAAGGUUUUAAGCUUCAGUAUAAUUUUCACCAUAUCCAUUGGAAUGACAAUUAUUAUCUUUUUGAAUCAAAUAUGCUUCUCCUAUUACAUUUUC